ACCACUGCACCCAGCAAAUUUGUUUGACUUUUUCGUUGACUCCCAUUCAGUGGAAUAUGGUAGAUGAGCUUAUCGAGGAAGAAGGUGAGUUGGUUAGCUUAAGCUACUAGAAGCUUCCACCACCAUGGCCACUUUCACCUUCUCCAUGUCCCUAUCGUCUUUUCGUUCCUUUGUGCCCAUUUGGCACCACCGUGCUCCCAACCACCGGAGCUUGGGCCUCUUCGACGUCACGCAGCGUAUGAGGUUGCCGCCGCCUCUCAAAUGCUCCGCCGCAGAACCCGACCAGGAAACCAAGGUUCCCGCCACUUCCUCCGGCUCCGGCGAAUGGACUCAUAAGCUGACCGCGGGGAUCGCCGGGAUCGGCUUCCUUGAAACCUCGUACCUUACCUACCUGAAGCUCACCGGUUCCGAAGCAUUUUGCCCUAUCGGUGGUUCUCCCUGCGGCGACAUACUCAACAGUGAUUACGCGCUUAUUUUCGGUGUUCCUCUUCCUUUGGUUGGGAUGGUGGCGUAUGGCUUGGUUGCGGCGCUUGGUCUGCAAUUGGCCACAAAGAAGAUGUUGCCUUUUGGGAUUGGCAGGUCCAGUGCCCAGCUCAUGGUGUUGGGAACCACUACCUCCAUGGCAGCUGCUAGUGCCUAUUUCUUGUUCAUUCUCAGCACAAAAUUCUCUGGGUCGACUUGCUCGUAUUGUUUGCUUUCGGCAUUCUUGUCUUUCAGCUUGUUCUUCACCGCAGUAAAGGACAUUGGAUUGCAAGAGACCAAUAAACAAGUGGGCAUGCAGUUGCUUAUUGCUAGCUUGGUGAUUCUCACUCUGAACACCUCCUAUAAUAAUUCUAUAUCUGCCUCCUCAAGCCUGGCUGAAAUGGAAUUGCCAUAUUAUGCAACUGAGAUAAAAAAUCCGUCAAGCCCCUUUUCACUCUCUCUAGCAAAGCAUUUGCACUCAAUAGGAGCUAAAAUGUAUGGAGCCUUCUGGUGUUCACACUGCUUAGAACAAAAAGAGAUGUUUGGUCGUGAGGCAGUGAAGGAGUUGGAUAUUGUGGAAUGCUAUCCUGAAGGGUUUCGGCCUGGAACUGUGAUGAACAAAGCAUGUGUGGAUGCCAAAGUUGAUGGUUUCCCCAUGUGGGUUAUUAACGGUCAGGUUGUGAGUGGUGAGGUAGAAUUAUCUGAGUUGGCACGAGUCUCCGGCUAUAAUGGAUCCGCUCAACCUAGCUAGGGUUUGAACUUCGGAACUAACAGAUAUCACAUUGUAGAAGCACAUAUAUUGUACAGCUUAUAGACGAGUUUGUUUGUCCUUUUUUAGACCUAUUCCUCCCUGUUGUUCUAUGAUGCCAAGUAAGAAUGUAUCUUAUGUUUUUUUUUUCCCCCCUUGCCCUAGUUGAAUGUUUUGUACACAUUAGGGGUCGGAAUCAACCUUGAGUAAUGUCACCCAUUUGUUUCCUAAUAGAAUAAAUCGUAGUUCUUGUA